UCUUGAUUUCGGCUCAGUAACUGUUAAAUGAAACUUCAGAUCAACGAAAGCUAGCAGAUGUGAAGACAUCAGGCUAAACAACGACUGGAAGCAGCAGCCGAAUAAAUGUCGGAGUUUCUGGACAAAACAGGCCCAGAUCAUGAAGAGGAACGGUCGCGUUUAAAAGAAAAAAUGCAAGAAAACAAAAUCCUGGAUGCUGUUUGGAACCCCAGAGCUCGUCUGCACACAUUAGUGUUCCCUGUAGAUGUUCAGCACACGGUGCUGAUUAAAGAAGAAGCUCCUGAAGAAUGGAGUUCUGGUGUGGACCAGAAGGACCCAGAGACCCUCAACAUAAAGGAGGAAGAGGAGGAACCGAGGAUCAGUCUGGAAGUGGAGCAGUUCGGUGUGAAGGAGGAGACUGAUGACACUAGAGCUGGGUCAUAUCAUAUCGUUCACUAUAAUACCGUUCCUUUGAAGAGUGAGGAUGAUGAAGAGAAACCUCUGUUCUCUCAGCUUCAUCAGCACCAAGUGGAAGAUGGAGAUCUUCCAACCAGCAGCUCAGCUGACCAGAUGAAAGCAGCAACUGGUGGAGAAGAUUGUGUUCAACGCUGCAGUUUAGAUGCUCAGCAGAUGAUGCUGAUUGUAGAAGAAGGUUCUGAAGAAUGGAGGUUUGAUGUGGACCAGAAGGACUCAGAGACCCUCUAUAUGAAGCUUCAUCAGCACAAAGUGGAAGAUGAAGAUCUUCCAACCAUCAGCUCAGCUGACCAGAUGAAAGCAUCAACUGUUGGAGAGGACUGUGGAAGAGCAGGAACUAUCAGGAACUCAGAUCUAAAUAUUCAUGAAGAUGAUUCCAGCUCUUCAGAGACCGAAGACAGUGAGGAUGAUGAUGAAGAUGUGAAUGAUCCUGAUUCUCAGCUGAAAGACUCAUCAGACUUUGGGUCAGAACCUGAAGACCAUGACAAAGACUGGGCUCCUGAGUCAAGUGUAAACAAUGUCAACAAAUCUUGCAACUUCACUGAGUGUGAAAAACAAUUUCUUCACAAGGAGUCUGUUCAGAGACAAAAGACAGGUCAUUCAAGAAUAAAGUCCUCAAGUUUUUUGGUUAGUAAGAAUUGUUUUAGAGUGAAGAAAACUGGAGGCUCAAACAAAAAUAUCCAUCCAAGUCAGAAACCAUUUAAUUGUGACGACUGUGGAAAAAGAUUUAACAGAAAAGUAAACCUAAACAGACACAUGUUAAUUCACACGGGACAGAAACCAUUUGCUUGUGAUGUUUGUGGACAAAGGUUUGGACACAAGUCAACUGUAAACACACACAUGAGAAUCCACACAGAACAGAAACCAUUUGCUUGUGAUGUUUGCGGACAAAGGUUUAGACAAAAGUCACAUUUAAAGACACACAUGAGAAUCCACACAGGACAGAAACCAUUUCCUUGUGAUGUUUGUGGACAUAAAUUUAGAGAGAAGUCCGCUUUAAACAUACAUGAGAGAAUCCACACAGGACAGAAACCAUUUGCCUGUGAGGUUUGUGGACAAAGUUUUAGAGUCAAGUCACGUUUAAACAUGCACAUGAGAAUCCACACAGGACAAAAACCAUUUCCUUGUGAUGUUUGUGGACAUAAGUUUAGAGAUAAGUCAACGUUAAAGAGACACAUAAGAAUCCACACAGGACAGAAACCAUUUGCUUGUGAUGUUUGUGGGCACAGGUUUGGACGAAAGUCACAUUUAAACAUGCACAUGAGAAUCCACACAGGACAGAAACCAUUUCCUUGUGAUGUUUGUGGACAUAAGUUUAGAGAUAAGUCAACUUUAAACAUGCACAUGAGAAACCACACUGGACAGAAAUCAUUUGCUUGUGAUGUUUGUGGACAAAAGUUUGGAUACAAGUCACAUUUGAACCAACACAUGAGAAUCCACACAGGAGGAGAAAACAGUUCAGUUCUAAAUAUUAAGACAGUUUCUAAAGACACUUAG